AUGUCCUCUACAGAUCUAUCGGCGCGAAACAAGUCUGUACAGCUCGUCGCGGGGCAAGCUGAUGGCCGGCGCUCAGGCAGCCGUGGCCGAGACGGCGACCACACUCCUACGCGGGUUACUCCACCACGUGGCAAGAAAGGAGACGACGUUAGAGCAAGAGAUGUGACGCCCAAGUCCGGUCACAGAGAGUCGUUGCGCCGGACCAGCGAAUCUACUCCCGCAAGAGUGCCUCCUGCGAUUGGCAGCGAGUUCAUUAUCGGCGGCGGUGCCUUUACACCGACUGGUGCGAGAAGUCCAAAGCCGGACCUUGAUGCCGAAGCCCAGAACGACUGGCAGGUUGUCAAAAAGAAUCAGAAGACAGCGAAGAGGCGGGCUUCCCAAGCCACAGUCCACCAUUUCGCAGGCCCGAUUUUACAGGCUAAGAUCAAACCCACAAUUUCAAUCAAUCAAGAUAGAGCAGCGUCUCAUGCCGGCGCGCCCAAGGUAGCGCCGAGGACGAAAUCCGUGCCUGCAAUCGUUUUGAGCAGAGAAUGCAGCAGCCAGAGCCCCUUUACCUACGCAGAUGCACUUACCGGCAGCGGACUCCUUGCACCCAGGGCCACCAUUGAAACCACUCCAGCUUGGGCGGUCCAGCGCCUGGAAGCAGCAAAGACUUUACCUGUGACUCGCCGUGAAAAGAAUCGCGCUGUAAUGCAUGACGGUAUAAUCCAAGGACCAAGCGCACAGGCAAAGUCGCCCAUUUCCCGUCCAUUGGAGCCGGCGCCCGAAGGAGCAGGAAGUAUUGAUGAUGGGUCUGAUGAUACUUCGUCCGAGUCUAACGCCGCAUGGAGUGUCGUCGACCAAUACCCUGACUCCGCUACGGACGGGACGUCUACCUCAGUCAGCAUGGAAAGCCUCCGAUCAGACAUUGAUCCCGAUGAGAGGCUUGUCAGCCCCCGGCAAUAUUUCCAGGAGCUUGAGAGUCUAGAAGCCACCGUCGCGGGCAAGUCGAGUCUGUUCCUGAUGCGGAAAGUAUAUCGGACAGCCUAUCCUGAAGCAUCCGGCUUCAAGCUCAAGAUUAGUUACGUUCACUUCGGCGAGAUGGACGAUGCUGCCCUUCUCCGCAAGCAAGAGGACACUAUUGUUGAGUUCUGUGCAGCAUUUCACAAGGCAUCAAACAGAGCCUCAGGAAGAUCACCAAGAUCCGCUAAGAUGCAACAGGCCGACCUGGCAUAUUGGGCGUUCCACAUGCUCGAGUGCCGCAACCUUGUCCACGGCGUUGUAUUAAAUAUUAGACGGAUGCGCAAUGCGCACUACUGCAAUGAAGCGUUCAACGUACUGACCGUAUCUCGCACAAGGCGAGGAGUAGCUACACUUGUCCGUUUCGAUGUCAAUAAUCUUGAACGCCUGCAUUCAGCUUUCAUGGACGCGCUCGUGGCUUUGACAUCCGAGUUAGAGCGCCCGCAGCCUAAAUGGACUGCGCGACUUGAGGAGCUUACACAAGGCAUCUCACGGACAUGUGGCCAGUUCAUGGACCGGCUAGAUCUCGCAAAGAGUACGGACGAGGUAGGAGAAUGGCGUAAGACCAUCUUUGUCCUCGACUUAGCUGUGGUCUCAUACUGCGGCGCUCACAUCGAGCGAUUCGAUUUGAGUCAUUUCGGCGAAGACCUCGAUCGGGCCAAAAUCGCUGCCGCUUUGACAUACAUCACCGAUGGCAGUGAAGGCAUCAUGCUUCGCCGCAGAACGUUACGAUGCUUAGACGCCUUCCUAGGCGGCCGGAGAGUCUGGGUUCUACAAAGCCAGGCUUUGUGGGAGGACGAUGCUGAGCUUUAUCUAUCUACGGGCAUCGCGGACUUCGCCGACAUCUGGGGACCAGUAUGGGGCGUCAAGAAGAAAGAAAACAGCACGGGCAUCCUGAGGUAUAACGCUGGACCCGGCUCAAUUUUACCAUGGCCAGCUGAUGCAACCACGCCGCUGGCACCGGGCGAAGAGUUUUGUCACUGGGUCGGUCUUGACGACCCCCAAAAUCGGAGCGAUCGUUCCUUGCACGAAAACGCCAAGCUGUUGAUAGGAGCUCCCUCGUCCUCCACCGUUACCGAGCAGAAGACUUCGCAGAUGAAAGAGAAUCUAGCCUGCAACAACAAGCCGCAGAAAGUCAUGCAGCAGCUCCGUUCCGCGAACCAGCUUGAAGAACUGGGUACGUCCCCCGAAUCAGUUGAUUUGGCUGAAGAGAUCUACGGUGCAUCGGUCGGUGCGUAUGGCAUGUCAAUAGGGGGCGAAAAAGUGUACAAGCGGCGUUCCGGCGUAUACCUAAAAGACGCCAUCUGUGAAGCUUGGCGGAACGAAGGCAUGAAUCGCAAUCCAGCCGUAUUGGAGGAGUGGCUUGGAGUAGAAGUUUCAUUCUGCAGUCGCAACGCUCGGAGACGGCGUCUCAAGUCUAUCUUGGACUCUACGACGGUACGUAACUGGCUCGAGGCUUGCAUGAUCAAUAGCGAGCCUUUCGCCUGUGAGAAGGCUUUCGAUGAAGCGCUCCGGAGCCCUAACAAAUAUGCGUUUCGUGAGCUGUACGAGAAGAACAGGCAGUGGAGAAAAGGCCAGCUUGUCUCGUGGUGUUUGGAUGGCCUGCGUCACUCCAGCGUAGACAAGGAUGGUACACUCCGUGCGCUCUGGAUUCCGGAACCCUAUCGGCGCAUCCGAGUCAAACUGCCGCAGAGUGUUCACAGCUGGACAGGCUUCCUAGCCGACACCGAGUCAUCGAGCACGAUGGCUGUCAUGUAUGAUGGGUGCUUGCACACCGACUACCGAGACGGCUCGACUUGCCAGGCCAGGUAUGCGGAUGUCCGUCAUUCUCUACACACCAUUCUGGAGACGGCUCUGGAAAUCAACCCGGAUGCAAAGAUCCCGAAAGAGCUGGAGUUGCGGCGUAGUAGGCACGAGAAGCAUGACUUGCCUCGCUACAGCAUCAGGAAUGUUCGCCGCAACGAGAAGUUCCAGAUCCCUCACGGACGCCUGCGAGUUGUCGAGCCUUUCCGGAGUACCCGGCUGGUCGUCACGUGGGAGGGCGGCGUCUCCAAAAAGCUGCAUCAAUACGCGGACUUGGUCGUGAGGACUAUCAGUAAAGAGAGCCCGCCACAUUGGGAGCUACGCGUCGAUGAUUGGUGCGAAACUAAACCGAUCCCGCUGUUCAUCAAGUCGGAGUAUCCGUUCGAGUGUAAACGAUGA